GUUGUAAAUACACAACUCCGCCGGAGGAGGACACACAUGACACACAUCGCUGAGUCUAGUCCGCCCGAAUAGAAGCCACAGAAGAAGAAAUCUCCCGCCCCAUCCGCUGUAGUUUUAAACGCUGGCGGGACGCUCCGCCGCUUCAGUGUGUCGGUCCAGCUGCUGCAGAAACGUCUCCUGAGUCCACAGGUCGCUGCUAACAUGGUGAGGACUAAAGCCGACAGCGUCCCCGCAACAUACCGAAAAGCUGUUGCAGCAGCUGCUCCCAGGAAGUCUUUGGGCUCCAGUUCAGCCAACUCGUCCUCGUCCAGCAGCCUGUCGUCCACGCCGGCGAAGAAUAAAUAUGCAGGCGGGAACCCGGUGUGUCCUCGUCCCACACCGACCUGGCAGAAAGGCAUCGGAGACUUCUUUGGCGGGCCCCCGAGGAAGCCAGAGAAGGAGAACCAGAGGCCCCAGGAGGUGGAGGACGGCGAGGAGGCCGGAGGCAGCGGGACGUCAAAGGCCAGCAGGAAGUCCAGACCGCUGCCUGCUGAGAGCGAAGACGACGACGAAUGAAGACGAAGAAUGAAUUUUGGUUUUAAUUUUUGUGUCUGUUCAGUUUUCUGCCUCCAGAUUUCCUUCCUGGUAUUUUAAAUGUACAUCUGUAUAUAAUUUUUGCUGAAUUCAAUUUGUAUAGUUCAUUAAACUUUUUUAAAAAAUGUUUUCAAUCUGCAGUUUUGUCUCG